AGUGAGAGAGAGGUAGAGAGAGUGACGCGAAUAUUACAUGUUUUAAACAUAGACUCCAAUACUGGGCCAAAGUUUCUUGUGUUGUGCGCGAACUGAAUCCCUUUUGUGAGCCCUCACGAUGAGCACUGACAGCCCUACCGGAGUCGUCCAACAGAUUCUGUCAAAUGUAAGCGAUUUAGUUGUGGCUUCAAUCGACAGUCUUCACAAACUAAUGACACGUUUGGGUGUAAUGCAGACCAUAGACUGGACGACAAUGCUUCUCAUAUUUUGGGUCGUUUUCGCACUCAUAGUCUAUUCUGUGGGCAAUAUAUUAGUUGUGGUGAUCAACAAAAGAAAACAAAUAAAUGACACCAAAAUCGAUGAUCACAGCAACAGUGAUACCAUCGUUAAGACUUCUGUCGGUUUGGACCAUAAGAACAAAGUUUUGAAGUCCAAUGAAGCCAUCGGUCCGGACAGAGAUUGUGUCCUUUGGAUUAAUAAUAUUAUUCAAUGGUUUUUCUCACAAAACGAUACGAUUCUUAAGUCAAUGUUUGAGAUUUGGUUGAAUUCUCUGAACAAUCAGAACCGGAAACUAUCAAAAGAUAAUGGAUUCUCAAUGGAAUUCUCAGAGUUAUGCCGCGACAAGAGUUUUACACCCGAAUUGUCUAAUGUUAUGGUCGAUAAGGAAUCCAAUGAUAAUAUCACGGUUAACUGCAAAAUCUCAACCAAAGGAAUUAAACUAUUAGUGAAAGCAUUUCGAGAUAACGAUUCUGUUAGCGAGGAACCCAUGCUAUACGAGCUCCAUAUGGAUAGGUUUGAAGGAAUGAUGAAAAUCGUAUGCAUUAGCGAAGAACAACUGUUUGUCGUGAGAUUUGUGGAAAGACCUGAUUUUAAAGCCAGUUUGAAAGCGAUCAAAAGUCUUCAGAAUCAUAAACAGAAAUCUGACCACAAGAUUGUCUCCGAAGACGCUAUAAUUAACGCCAUUAUAAACACAAUCACUAAAAGUGUUGUAGAUUUGUGUCUUUCGGGUUAUCAAGACUUUCCGAGGUUUAAGCGAACGGAUCAACAAAAUAGUAUUGGUUUUCAUAAUUCGAAAACUAUUGAACGCAAACUAUUUGUCAAAGUUGUCAAAGCAAAUGGUCUGAGAGUUAACAAUAAAGAAGUGGACGAACCCCCACAACAGGCCCACACCUCCACAAUCAAGAAUACCUCGAGUCCUGUUUGGAACGAACACUUCAUUUUUAAUCUGAAGGAAGAAUCGACUGAAAUAUUGUUUGAAUUAUAUGACAAAACAAACGGAAUAGUGAGUGUCAAUGAAUUGAAGCUCAAUCCCAGUCAGAAUCAAGUGCUGAAACUACAGCCCCGACCCUUAGAGGCCGACCAGAUAUCGGGAUCCCUAUCAGUCGAAUUCCUAUUCAUUGAACACAGUAGUGGUGACACAUCGCCAGAUGCGACACCUAUUUCUGGUUCACCCAAGAAUACAGGUCUCGGAAUAUUUGAGGCAAACCUAUUUAAACCAAACGGAACUGUCUCCAAAAAUAAAGAUGUGCCGAUUAUAGUGAGCAGUGAUGCCGACGAAUGUCACGAAUCCAUAGAAUCUGUAGAAACAACAGAAACACCCGUUUUGGAUGUGAUUGCAGAGCAAAUCGCUCACAAAUACCUGUUUGUCAAUCACUGGGAACACCUGUUAAGGAAUGGCCCCUACGGUCCGAUUUCAAAGGAAAUCCUUUCGAUAUAUUAA